AUGGGCGAUUGCUUUUUAUUCUUGUCUUCCCACCUCUCCUCCACGUCCGGCCAUUCGCAUCGGCUCCAUCCUCUUGCGCUCCAGACGGCCGUGGUAGACGUAAACGGUGGCAAAGUGACGUUGUGGCAAUUUCUGCUCGAGUUGUUGCUCAGUCAACGACACAGCCACCUGAUCCGUUGGACAAACACUGAAGGUGAAUUUGUCCUGCUGCAAGCUGAAGAGGUGGCCAAACUGUGGGGCCUUCGCAAGGACAAGAAUCAUCGAAUGAAUUACGACAAACUGAGUCGGGCCUUGCGCUACUACUAUCAAAAGAACAUCAUUCGCAAGGUGCACGGCCACAAGUUCGUCUACCAGUUCACGGGCCUCCGAAAUCUGGCCGGACUGAUAGAGGCUCAAAACGCGGGACUCGAACCCGGCACCGGGUACGAGACUCGGAGCCAGGCUCAACUGGCCUCGACUGCGUCGAUGCCGCUGACGGUGGGUCGGCAGUCCGAGGCCGGGCUUGUCGGCGGCGCGCUGUUUCCACCCGCCGCCUACGAGGCGUCAGCCUCCUACGCCAGUCCAUCGGCCAGCGCCAACCAACUGUCCGAGCCGCCCACCACUAUCGGUUACGGGUCCGGACAACUGCAUUCGGACGCCUCGACAACAGUUGCUAGUCUGGCUGUACCAGGGCCGGUGGCAAUAAUGGUGGCCGAAGGGCGAGAUGCGGCAAACAGGUCCGAGGUAGGCGGCGGUGACGGCAGUUUAAGGAUUGGACAUCGAGAAGCCGACGUGGAUGGUCAUUCGUAUGGCUUCAUUCGGCCCGGACCCCUCGAGGAUCAAGCAGAUUUGCUGACUGACUGCUUUCAAGCCAUGGAAACACAUCCAAUGCCUGGCCAACAAAUACAGGCUGGGCUGGAGAGCCAGUCUCCAUCGGCAGGCGUGCCCGCCUCCAUGCAGGCCAGCAUGCAUCUGCCGUUCAAUUUCGAGGAUUCCAGAAUGUGUAAGCAAGUCAGAAAAAAUGCAUAA